GGGCAAGAUCAUCUGUGGAUACCUUGGGCUCAACAUGAACAUAAGGCAGCUCUUCCGGUCCUCACAUCUCCAGUGGGCUUGGAGGGCAACCUUCCCGAAACACAUCCAGCGGAGGCUCCAGCGAGCCAGGCGAUGGGCACAUUCUGAAGGCGGCACCUACAGAGCAGUGAUUUUUGACAUGAGUGGAGUUCUCAUUCCUUCUCCAGGGAGAGUGGCGGCAGAAUGGGAACUACAAAAUCAUAUCCCUCCUGGAACUAUACGGAAGGCCUGGAUCUCAGGUGGCGAGAAUGGGCCCUGGAUGAAACUUAUGAGGGGAGAGAUAACAACAGAGGAUUUCUUGCAAGAAGUUGGGAGACUUUGCUCUGAAAUUGUGAAGACCUCUGUACCUGUGGGCUCCUUUUUCUCUCUGCUGACCAGUGACCAAGUGGCAAAGCAGUUCCCAGUGAUGACUGAGGCCAUAACUCAAAUUCGGGCAAAAGGCCUUCGGACUGCAGUCUUGAGCAAUAAUUUUUAUCUUCCCAAUGGGAAAAGCUUUUUGCCCCUGGACCGGAGACAGUUUGAUGUGGUCGUGGAAUCCUGCCUAGAAGGGGUCUGUAAGCCAGACCCCAGGAUCUACAAGCUGUGCUUGGAGCGGCUCGGCCUGCAGCCAUCGGAGUCCAUUUUUCUUGACGACCUUGGACCAAACCUAAAAGCUGCUGCCAGCCUUGGCAUUCGCACCAUUCAGGUUGAUGACCCAGAAACUGCCGUAAAGGAAUUAGAAACCCUUUUAGGCUUUACGAUGAGAAUGGUUAUUCCAAACACUGGCCCUGUGAGAGAAAUAGUGGAAAUUCCACAAGAUUCCUUGGAGAAGUACCUCAAAGACCUACUGGGGACCCAGAGCACAGGUCCAUUGGAACUCCUUCGGUUUGAUCAUGGGCAGUCCAGUCCAACCUACUAUGUCAGGCUCGGUAACCACCAGCUGGUUCUGAAAAGGAAACCCCCGGGGACACUCGUUCCAUCCACCCAUGCAGUAGAGAGGGAGUUCAGCAGGAUAAUGAAAGCCCUUGCCAAUGCUGGAGUGCCUGUUCCCAAAGUUCUUGACCUCUGUGAAGAUUCAGGGGUCAUCGGCAUGCCCUUCUAUCUGAUGGAGUACUGCCCAGGCCUCAUCUACAGAGACCCCUCUCUGCCAGGCUUGGAGCCCAGCCAGAGGCGGGCCAUAUACACUGCCAUGAACAGAGUCUUGUGCAAAAUUCACAGUGUGGACCUCAAGGCUGCAGGCUUAGAAGACUACAGGAAACACGAGGACUAUAUUCCACAGCAGAUGCAAACCUGGAUUAAGCAGUAUCGAGCCUCAGAAACGGGCACCAUCCCGGCGAUGGAGAGGCUCAUGCAGUGGCUGCCCCGCCAUCUUCCCAAGCAACAGAAGACCACAGUGGUGCACGGGAACUUCAGGCUGGACAACCUGCUGUUCCAUCCAGAGAAGGCCGAGGUGCUUACUGUCCUUGACUGGGAGCUCUCUACCUUAGGCGACCCCCUUGCAGACGUGGCCUUCAGCUGCCUGGCUCACUACCUGCCGUCCAGUUUUCCUGGCUCUCUGCUGCAAGGUUUGCGUGACUGUGAUCUCACUCAGCUGGGAAUCCCUACGGCAGAGGAGUAUCUCAGAAUGUACUGCCGUCACUCGGAGAUCCCUCCCCCUGAGAACUGGAACUUCUACAUGGCUUUGUCCUUUUUCCGAAUGGCCAUAAUCCUGCAAGGAGUCCGCAAGCGCUCGCUCCCAGGGCAAGCAGGCUUGGCAGCCGCCGAACAAAAUGAAAAGCUGACUGAGUAUGUGUCUAACCUGGCCUGGGAUUUUGCCGUCAAGGAAGGGUUCCGGGUUUUCAAAGAGAUGCCACCACAAAACCACUAAUGAGAUCCUGCCGCACUCAGGCCGGUCAUGGCCCCUGCUGAGCAACCCCCCCACCCGCUGGAGCAGCUCACAGACUCCUCCCCAGCUCAGGCCUCAAAGGGCGCUCUGGUUCUCUGUCCAGACGGUCUUUUCGCACCUCUCAGGGACCUGUCUCAGUGACUGCGGCACCCCGAGGAGUCGGAGCUACGGCCUCCCCACCACCAGCACAGCUGGACGGAGAGCAGCGUGUUGUGAGCUGGUAAGAUGUCAACAGGGCAGGACCUCAGCUCACUGACCGGACACGUCUAUUCCCCUUGGAAGCAGGGAAGAGACAGGAGGGCCAAGGUGAAUUCAUCUUGGCUUUGCAUCGUCAUCGGGGAGAGCCAGCUCAAGAUGACUCAGCUCUCACUUCCUGGGCUCAUUAUUUUAUGCAUAUUUGUAUGAUGUAAAUGUGAAGCCGUGUGAAAUAAAAUGCGUCAGUUCAUUAA